AGAAACGAAGCGGUUAAGAGAGACGAAGCCCAGCAAAUCUCUGAUUCAAUUUGCUUUUGUCAUAUUUGUUCAUUUAAUCUGAGCAGAUAAAACGGAAGAGACAAGAGGGGAGAGAGACGCACACAGUGAAAUGGCGAGUGCGGUGAACGAGAGCUCCAAGGAAGAAGUCACCUUGGAACUCCCAGCUCCUCCUGGCUGGAAGAAGAAGUUCAUGCCCAAAAAAGGCACCCCUAGGAAGAACGAGAUCUCUUUCACUUCUCCAACAGGAGAGGAUAUACAUAGCAAAAAACAAUUGGAACAGUACCUGAAAUCACAUCCUGGUGGUCCUGCAAUAUCGGAGUUUGACUGGGGCACCGGCGAGACCCCGAGGAGAUCAGCCAGGAUUAGUGAGAAAGCAAAAGCAACUCCACUGGAAAAUGAGCCUCCUACGAAACGAAGCAGGAAAUCGUCAACUGCAAAAAAAGAAGACAAAGAAACAGAAAUUGCCCUAGAAGAAGCUGAUGAGAGCAAAGAAGUUCACGCACAAGAUGCUGAAAAAGGUGAGAAAGGUGAGGAAAAUCAAGAUGAGGAAGGCAAAACAGAUGUUCCUCCUGAAGUAGCUAAAGUUGAACACGAUGUUAAGGUAGCUAGUGAUGCUGAAGAAUGCAUGAAGAAUGCAGAUGCUGAGCCAGUUAACUCAAAAGAGACCCAAGGUGAGGAGAAAGCUGCUGGCUCUGAAGCAAGUCAAAUCGAGAAGGAAAAAGUGGAGGAAGAAAGAGUUCUAGGACAAGUCGAGCAACAGCAAGUUGAUGCAGAGAAAGAUGGGUUUGGCGAGCAGGACAAAUUGGGUGCAGCUGUGACCGAGGAAACAAGACAUGAAGUGGAAGGAAAAGAGGAGAAAGAGGAGCAGAACAGAAGUACUCUUGAUUCUGAGGGAGCACAUAUGGAGAAAAAGGCAGCAACGGAAAAUGGGAAUCCCCAAGGCAAUGAAGCCAGUGAAGCCAAUAUUUGAGUGUCAUCGAUUAAAUUAAUUCUGGUUUCUUUCUUAGCUUUCUAACCUUUUUAGAUUUCCUGAAUUCAUUUUCUGAUGACUGUAGCUCAAUGUUGUUAAUGAAAGGAAUCUGAUUGUUCCCGGGUAACAUCGCCUAUACAAUCUUUAGAUUGUGCCCUAAUGUAGCUGCUUUUGUUGCAUUGGAGGUUCCUGUAACUUGUAGGGUUCUUUGUAACAUUGUGGCAUCAAAUUCUGGUACCAUAAUAUAAUUGUAUGGUUAAGUAUUGACAA